AUGAUGCUUACUGGAAUGACAGCCCAGGAAGCCUCCAAACAUUCGCCUGGAGGUACCUCCUCCUCCGGCAUGGCUUCCUCUCUGCUCCGAUUCGCUCAUCCACCGAUAGAGCAGCCAACCAAGGCCUCUGCAUUUUUCGACUUUUCGGAGCAGGCGGGUCAGACGAGUACCUGUACGGCUCUACCGCCGACCAACCAAUCGCCUCUGAGGAGGGGCGCCUAUACUAGUAUUAGUCAAGAUGAGCAGACGUGCAAGAAUCAACAGGGUCAGCAACAGCAGCAGCAACCGCAACAGCCCACGAUGACGACAACAACACUUGCCAAACAACAUGACUCAGGAACCUACAAUUCUCACUCUACCGUCUCCUCUGCUACGGCUAACGGCCAAGGCGCCUACGAGACCGUUUACAAUGAGCCAAACCAGAUCAUGUACGAGACGCCGAGCGACGGCCUGACCGGAGGGCAGAACCAACCCUUCCUCUAUCAACUCGGUAACCACUUGAACAUGCAGGGCUAUCCCAUCCUCCUGAGUGGCACUCUACCUCGCGGUCCGGGUGGGGCAUUCACCCAGAUGCCCUUCUCCCUGCCGCCCUCCCAGUAUCCUACCUACAUUCCCCCGCCACCCUCAAUGCAACAACCCACCCUGCCAGGCAGUACCUCAUUGGCCCGAAUGCCACUGGGGUCCUCCGUUGUGAACGGCAUGACGCCUGGCCAGGAUUACCCACAGUCCACUAACUUUCCCCCAACUGCACGGAGUUCGGUGGUCCUGAUCAACACCUCUACCGGUAUCCCUAUUCAUAAUAGAAUCACCUGA